AUGUCUGCUGCUAUGCCUAUUAAUCCCAAACCGUUUCUAAACGGUUUGACUGGUAAACCUGUUGUCAUUAAGUUAAAGUGGGGCCACGAAUACAAAGGCUACUUGGUAUCUGUGGAUGGUUACAUGAACAUGCAGUUAGCCAACACUGAAGAACACAUAGAUGGUCAAGUUACUGGAAAUUUAGGCGAAGUUUUAAUACGCUGUAAUAAUGUUCUGUAUAUCAAAGGUGCUGAUGACGAAGAUGAAGAAGGAGAAAUGAGAGACUAAUAUGUACAAAAACCGAAUAUUUCUAACUGAUAUUAAAAACAAAAAUUGUUUCAAAAAUGCUUGAAAAUCGAUCAACACAAAU